AUGUCUAAAAAAAAUGGUCAAAUGAUGUCUUUGUAUUUUGAAAUUCGUUUUAUAAAUUCGUUUAAGUUUCUUCAAACAUCACUUGCUAAUCUUGUUUCAAAUUUACAACCGGAUGAUUUUCAUAAUACAAAACGAGAAUUUAAGAAAAAUGUAGAUUUACUUACUAGGAAGGGAGUUUAUCCUUAUGAUUAUGUUUCAUCGCUUGACAAACUGUCCGAAACACAAUUACCACCAAAAGAAGAAUUUUAUUCGAAACUAAACGAUGAGGAAAUAACCGAUGAUGAUUACCAACACGCAAAUAAUGUUUUGGAUAGUUUUAAUUGUGAAACAUUAAGAGAUUAUCACAAUAUUUACCUUAAGUCUGACGUUCUACUUUUAUCAGAUGUAUUUGAAAACUUUAGAAAAACUUGUCUUAAACAUUACAAGUUAGAUCCCGCUCAUUAUUACACAUCUCCAGGUUUAGCUUGGGAUGCUUGUCUUAAAGAAACAGGGCAGGAAUUACAGUUACUACAUGAUUAUGAUAUGUUAAUGAUGAUUGAAAAAGGUAUUCGUGGUGGUAUAACUCAUAUAUCAAAAAGAUAUGCGGAAGCUAAUAACAAAUAUAUGAAAGAUUACAAUCCUGAUGAGGAGUCCUCCUUUAUUCAAUAUCUAGAUGCGAAUAAUCUUUAUGGUUGGGCAAUGUCUCAAUCGCUUCCAACACAUGGAUUUAGUUGGAUGAAAAAAAUAACAAAAGAAAAAGUGAUGGAAAUUUUAGAGAAAGCAAAUUAUAGUAUGUCAAAUCGUGGAAGAAAAGGAUAUAUAUUUGAAGUUGAUUUGGAAUAUCCUUCAACACUGUGGGAGGAUCAUAAUGACUAUCCUCUUGCACCUGAAAAGAUGAUUGUUAAUGGUGUUGAAAAACUAAUUUGUCAUUUUAAGCCGAGAAAAAACUAUGUUGUUCAUUAUCGAAAUCUUAGACAAUAUCUUGAGAUGGGAAUGAGAAUAACUGCGGUUCAUAGAGGAAUAUCUUUUUACCAAUCUCCUUGGAUGGAACCUUAUAUACGAAAGAACACUGAACUUCGAAAAACAGCAGCUAACAGUUUUGAGAAAGACUUUUUCAAACUUAUGAAUAACUCAGUGUUUGGAAAAACAAUAGAAAACAUAAGAAAAAGACAAAAUAUUGAACUCGUUGAUAAUCGAAAGAGAGCUGCUAAACUAACAAGUCGUCCAAACUUUGAUAGGGCUACGAUAUUUGAUAAAAAUCUUAUAGCAGUUCAUAUGAAAAAAAACCGAAAUUUAUUUUGA